AUGGCCAUCGCUGAUGAGAACGGUGACCACAUUGCCUCUAAGCCGCAGCAAAAGGCCAAAGUUGCGACUUCCACUACACAUCUGUCGAACAGAAGCAAGCAACCAAAGGACUCCGAGACUGCUCCUUACAAAACCACUGUCACCAAUCUUCUCCAAACAACACCAGCAAGAGUACAACAGACUUCUUCGAAGACCAGACACCCUCUCUCUGUUGUUGUGUCUCAAGAAUCGGAUGAAGCUGUCAAUGAAGAAGACGAGCUUGCGGCUACUUAUGUCAAAUCACAAGCCACAGCUCAAGGCCCUACUCAUUCCCUUGCAGCCCAAAUAAAAGGCAGAGAAUCACUUUCCCAACUUCGGCACCCUCUCUCCGUUCUAUCGCAAGCGCCGAACGCCGCUGUCGAGCGGGAACAGCACACUGUCCGGCUUACUAAGCAACCGCAGUCCAAAGUGUUUCAUUUGGGCAUGUUCGAAGUUGGUCGUGCAUUGGGCAAGGGAAAGUUUGGGCGAGUAUACCUUGCUCGAGAACGCGACACCGGUUUUGUUUGUGCUUUGAAGGUACUCCACAAGAAUGAAAUUCAGCAGGGAAGGGUAGAAAAACAGGUGGCUCGUGAAAUUGAGAUCCAGAGUAACCUGCGACAUCCCAAUAUUCUUCGGCUCUACGGUCACUUUCACGACAGAAAACGAAUCAUUUUGAUACUAGAAUAUGCCGGCAAGGGUGAGCUAUACAAGCAUUUGCAAAAAGAGGGCCGUUUUCCUGAGUGGAAGGCUGCACAGUACAUUGCGCAAAUGGCGAACGCUUUGCAGUACUUACACCGCAAGCAUGUCAUUCACCGGGAUAUUAAGCCUGAAAAUAUCCUCGUGGAUGUGCAUGGAGAGCUAAAGAUGUCGGAUUUUGGCUGGAGUGUCCACGCGCCGAGUGGCCGCAGGCUCACAAAAUGUGGGACAUUGGACUACUUGCCCCCAGAGAUGGUCGAUCCGAGAAAGUGUGAUAAGCCCUAUGAUCAGAAUAUUGACUUAUGGUCCCUAGGGGUCCUAAUGUAUGAAUUCCUGGUUGGAAGAGCUCCAUUUGAGGAUACACCUGUUAUGACUCAGAGAAGAAUAGCGAGGGGAGAUAUGACAAUCCCUUCUUUUGUUAGCUCUGAAGCAAAGGACCUCAUCAGAAAGGUAAGAUGA